AAACUUCAUAACUCAUUUCAUCAUGUCCACCGAGCAAGAUAUCAAGACAGAGGAACAAAUUCCACUGACAUACGCUGCAGUCGCCGCACCAACAGUCCAGACAGAAGGAGAAGCUGUUGUUGCUCCAGAAGAGCCAAAGCCAAAGAAGAACUGGUUCACAUUCGGAAAGAAGAAGGCUGCUCCAACUGAUGAGACCAAUAUUGAAGAAGGUGGAGCACCGGGAGAUGAGCCAGUGAAGGAGAAGAAAGAGAAGAAGUGCUGGUGGAGUAGAUGCCAAAAAGGAGAAGGCGAGCAAAAGGAAGAGAACAUCGCUAUCGGAGUCGAUCUCGUCAAUCGUGACGCCAACUCGAUGAACAACCAUGUCCAACUCAACUUUGAAGACAUUUUCGGAGAAGCCGACUCACAGCACUCAUGGGAUUGCGUGUGGCGUCUGAAUCAUACCGUAUUCACUGCCGUCCGGCUCUUCAUCUAUCGUCUUGUCUCACUCUUGGCUCUUCCAUUCACAAUCAUCUUUGCCAUCUUCUUCGGACUUCUCGCAUCGAUCAACGUCUUCAUCAUUGUUCCACUUGGAAAACUUCUCUCGAUUCCAGGAACUCUUCUCGCCAAGCUCUGGAACUGGUUGAUUCAUGCCAUCUUUGAUCCAAUUGCCAGUGCUGUUGGACUAAUCUUCUCCAAUUUCAACAUCAGAAAAUACGGAAUCAAUCAAGAAACUACUGCUCCAUGCGUCUAAAUUUAUUUAAUUUAUCUCAAAUUCAUUUUACUUUUUUUGUUGUAUAUUCUCAUCCCUCAAAGAGUGGUAAUAACGAUCCGGAGUGCAAAAAAUAAAAUUUGAAAGCAAAAUCGUUCCAUAUCCCAACAUAAAAUUCAAAUUAAAUCCCUUAAUGUAAACGAACGAAUGUGACAAUCUCUAGUCUAUUCAAAUAUA